UCACUCCUCCUGCUGCUCCACGUUCUCCUCCAAAUCAUCCAACCAAUUCUUCCUGAUGGCAUCCAUUCACUUGCGGCACGGUGAUAAUCAGCCCAAUCCACCUCCAAUCCAGUCCCGUAUCCUGUGAGAGGCAAUAUCAUGGUAAGGCUACCAUGGCUCAAGGAUGCCCUGUUAGCCUGCCUCGUAGUCGUACCGUUGGAUCAUGAACGUCAAUCACUCCCUGCGGAGAGGUGUACCGUCUGCUGCUCUUUCGCAUUCCCCUGUGCUCUGCGAUCUACUUGUCUGAUUCGAGCGUGGUCGUGGCCUCAAUUGAUCAUGCGCAACGCUGCACCAUGAGUUGACGUGAACAGCAGGCUUCUGAAAGUCCCGCCGCGCACGCCUUUGGCAUCAGGCUGAAAUGGAUAUCUCCUCGCUCGUCCGCGCUGUCGUCGCAGCCUUCGAAGAUGCCAUCAAGCUCGUCCAGCGAAUAAGGGACCAGCGCGAGAGCAGCAACGGCGCCAGCCUACCUGAGGAACCUACCCGCGAUCUACUCGAGUCGCUCGCCCUAGGACCUGCAAUCGUACGCGGACACUACGAACAUGACCUCAAGAGAUUCGGUGAGCAGUAUGCCUGUGGAGAUAUCCAAGCCAGGGAACAGAUGAAAGAUAUCCUGAUCAACCUACAAAUGACCUUGAUAAUCACUCUGCGAAAUGUGUAUAUGGACAAUAUGGACCUCGAUUUCCAUGCCCUUCAGACAUCCUCGGACGACUGUCGUGUCAAUGCUGGAGUCUGUCUGGGCCAAUUGUCGCAACGGCUCGCAGAGGCUGUAAGAGCACAAGCACAUCAUCCCGCAAGCAUGUCUCACUCGUCGGGGUCAGGGCUGAUGCCGCCAAUGUCCCCAUCAUUGGGUUACUCCAGUAGCAGGAGUACCCAUUCAUCGACGGGGCUUCAGGCUCCUCGCACGCCGGACACCAUGGCAGACCAAUUCAGCAAUCUCAGUGUGUCACAUGCAAUACGCCCACAGUACCUCGAGCGAAAAAUGUCCGCGAGUCCUCCGGGCUCUCUAGACCUCUACGGCCGACAGCCAGUUCGCUUACCUGAAUCGAUUGACGAGCACCUUCCCAUUGCGCCCCCUGUAGGUAUGCACCGCGUCGAAGACUCCGAUAGAAUAAGUAUGCGGCGGCGAUCAUCCCAGGCACUGGCGCCAGAUGACAACAUCCUGAUGCUCUUUCCGCAGCCUGGCGGUCAAGCCAAGGCGACCGCGCCCGACGGUACGGACAGGGAGUCAAUGGUAUCCUCAAACAAAAACAACCAGCCACUAGAUAUAUCUCGCGCGUCAAGCAGCCACCGAAGCCAAGACUCGCGAGAACGCUACGGGCCUGAUGACUACAAUGGGCCAGUGCAAUUUGACUACGGCACUGGCGUGGUCAGAAACGACGGCCGCCAAUAUAGCAAUAGCACUGUUUACGACAUGUAUAACCCACCACCCACUCCAGAACAACAACGACACGCUCCGAAUUCCAACUCGUACUCAUCACGGGCGCAGGCUUCAAACCACGGCACCCUCGAGCACGUCCGGUAUCUACAGGAGAACAGUCGAGCGCCGAGUGCGCAAACGCCGAGAUCAGACUCGCUCAAUGCGCCUAGAAACCGGGAGAAUGCGUACGAUCAAUAUCAACAGUACCGUCAGCCGUCGCGGUCGCAGACUGCAUCACCCCUGGGCUCUUCGAUGCGGUAUCAGCAGCAGCAGCCGCGUCCCAUCGGUAUAGGUAUGAAUAUCAUCCCUCGCAUUCCGCAGAAUGAUAUAGGCCGGGCUCCUACGGCACCAUUACCUCCGCCACCAUCUGGUCAGCCUCCACUACCGUCCCAACCUUCCUCACAAACAGCAUCCUUGACAUCUACACUCCUUUGGCCCAGGACGUCCCGAAACUCCGGCACAGGCUCCAGCUCCAUCCACACAAUGGCAUCAAGUUCCUCGACGCCCUCUAUCGUCCCCAACCCCAUCCCCGCGACUUCCGGGCCCUUAAUCUUACCCACGGACAAAGACACACUAGGCUUCUGCAAGGGCGCGUUCAGGCUCCAAGCCGGCCUAGAGCGCAAAGCAUUCAGUCUGGCCAACCGCCCUGCGGGCUUCACGGGGACAGUGACUUACUGGAAAUGCGAGAAAUGUAACUUCGAGGGCCCCGUCCAUACGUCUGUCAAUGUGUCCGGCACCAAAAAAAAGGGCAAGCCCGAGAGGACGUUUGACCCCAAGAUCCGUGUGUCAGAGACAGGAGGUGUGCGGUACAAGUGGGCGUUUCUGGCAAGGUGUCAUGUCAAUCUGAAAGGCAUGGUGCCCCUGGGAGAAGCAGGAAGUAGGGAGGGGAGUUUUGGCAGUUUCGGCUGUGUGUUUUGUUGUGCGGAAGGGAAGUAUAGGGGAUGGAAUGAUUCCAGCCCAGUGAGCGCAAGCAGCACAAACGGUGUCGACAAGGGUGUUAUGGGGCUGUUGACUAGUGGUAAAGACAGGGGGAGUGUGAGGAGUGGGAAAAGCGGGCAUACGGCGAACUCGGGGGCCAAGGUCGACAGUGGUGCCAGUCAGAGUACGCCGAUAUUUGGCAAUGUCGCGAGUUUCAUGGAUCAUCUCGAAACCGUGCACAGAGGGCAGGACGGGUGGCCGAAUGCAGAGAUGCAGGGACGCUUCAGGGUUGUGGUUGGACGGUUGGCGGGCAUUCAUGAGGAUGGCUGGGACGUUAAUUUCGUCCCGUUCUAAGGUGGGAGGGUAUGGACGGCGUGGGACGGCGUGAAAGAGGAGGAUGGUCAUCUUCUUGUGCUGGUAUUUGACUGGAGCAGUCAUGAUGAAGAGCUACAACGCAGAUUAUGGGACGGUGGGUGGCUUCGCUCGCUAUCAGCGAAUUCGUACGGUGUGCAACUGGCUCAACGAUAUCAAGAGAACGUGACACAGAACGCAAAGGGACGAUGAGACCCGGAUCGUGGGACUGUCAUGGCAUGAUACGGCAUGGUAUGGCAUGGCAUGGAUGAAUAAGGUAUUGCGUACGAGCUGCGCUGCUCUCGGCCCUCGUUACAGUGAUAUGGGAGGAAUACUCCCCGCUGUUGUUUUGUAUACCCUU